AUCUGUCGGAGAAGAAGAGCGACCUGAGAGUGUGUGACGCCGGGACUUGUCGCUUCGGAGGAAGCUGCCGCGAGAACGGAGCCGACAUCAAGUGUGUGUGCCAGUUCCACUGUAAUAAGAAGUACGUCCCUGUGUGCGGCUCGAACGGAGACACGUAUCAGAACGAGUGCUUCCUCCGGAGAGCGUCCUGUAAGAAGCAGAGGAACAUCAGCACCCUGUCGGAGGGGCAAUGCUUCCACGACGGAGCUUCGGGAUCUGGAGAUGGAGAUGACGAGGGGUCCGCUCACGGGAAAAAAGUCUCAAAAUGUGGAAACUGCAAAUUUGGAGCCGAGUGCGACGAAGACUCUGAGGAUAUGCUGUGCAUGUGUAACAUUGUGUGUAACGGACACAACGAUAACCCGGUGUGCGGCGGCGACGGCGUGACGUACGAAACGCCGUGUCACGUCCGAGAAGCUUCCUGUCUGAAGCAGCUGAAGAUAGACAUCAAACACGUGGGGAGGUGCCAAGAUAAAAACAGGAAGGACGACAGCAUGAAGACCAAACCAGACGUCUACAGUGUGUCUAAGCCAGGUGAGGACGAGGGUUUCGAGGAUCCCCCCAGCCCCUGCCCCGAAGACUAUAGCCAGUUCUGUGAGAACGGGGAGUGUGAGAUGAGACACAACCUGCCCACCUGCAGGUGUGAGGCAGCCUAUGGUGGUCCUCAGUGUGAUCAGCUGUUAGACUUCAACAUCCUGUACGUGGUCCCCAGUGGUCAGAAGCUGCAUUACGUCCUGAUCGCUGCCAUCAUCGGAGCCGUGCAGAUCGCCGUCAUCGUGGCCGUUGUCAUGUGCUUCACCAGGCGGUGUAAUAAAUCGAAGCGUGGCCGAAGACAGAAGCAACAUCUCAGCCAUUUUCAGUCGGGAACGUCCUCCCGGAUGAUGUAGCCCCUCCUCCAAUAUCAUGUUUUUACAAAAUACCAGGAUUUUUCGUACCACAGACUGACUGCUUUUUUGAUACCUCGACUUUUUGGUGCCUCUUAUUUUUUCCCUUUUUUAAAGUAUUUUUUGAAUUCCUUAAGGGGCCUUAUUUUGAAAUGUUUCUCCAUGUGUUUUUAUUUGUUGUUAUCGCUGCCUGCAGAAGUUUUUAUUUUGGGAAACACUGUGGAUCCUCCGGCAGGAACUUUAUUUAUCUGAUUGUAUCUCUGGACCGUCCAGUUGUGACCCUGUGCCACGCAGGAUGUCCUCAUGCUUUCAUUUGGAAGGAAUGCAGAAGUCUUCAUAUAGGUUUAAAUAACGACUGAAUUCAAAUCUAGCUGAUACAAGACAUUACAAAUACAGUUUUAAGUCAGAAAUAUAGAAUCUGUGCAUCUGAAAAUGAUCAACCAAGUAAUCUAUGUUGUAUAUUAUAAACACAUUAGGUAUUAACUAGUGGUUUAUUUAAAGAAAGGGAUUUUAAUUAAUAACAUCAUUAUCUUCUAUAGUUAGAAAUGACCUUUAAAAUGCUGAAUAAACCCACAGAUAAGCUACAUUUCUCUAAAUAACGACUUAUUUCUCCUGUUUACGUUGUGUAAUAAGGCCUUCCACCACUAGGGGGCGAUGUUGUGUGUCUCUGCGUCUCACAGCGUGGCAAAUAAUCCCGUUAUUUUACGUUGUGUUUUUGUUACGAUGAGACGCACCUGAAAACCAAAAUGCUGUUUUUUCUACCGCUCCAUUCCGGAAAUGGAUCCCAAUGCUGUUGCUGUUGUUGUUGUUGUUGUUGUUGUUGUUGUUGUUGUUGUUGUGAUAAUUUAACAGUUUUAUUUGGUCAGUUUCUGCUUUUUUUGAUAUAUAAUUUGUAACGAUGGUACGAAGUGUCCGUGUGUUCGUGGUAGUGGCCUGGGUCAGAUCUAAGGUCCAGAUGUUUAGAUGUACUGCAUGAGCCGUGAUGUUAGCAAUGUUCUGUAGAGGAAGUAGAAUUAAAUUAUGUUUCAAACA